CGGAACGCUGGCCUCUGCAGUCAGUGCGAGCGGAGCAUCUGGAGGAGAACUGGCCGGCUGGGGAGGUGGUGGAGGACGGGGAGAGCGAAGCAGAAGGAGGAUCCGGGAGUCAGCGAAAACAGAACGGGGGUCAGGCCUGGAACUUGGCGAAGCGGGGGUUCUUAAAGAAGGAGGGUCAUAAUUUUUUCAGGUUUUUGUUCUUUUAUUUUUGUUUUUCGGCAUUAUUUAAACGGUCAUUCUUUUGGCGAUGCCGUCCAACACAGUCACAGCCGCCCCUGCAUUCAAGAGCUCCGACUUCAACUGUGACACAAAUGGGAAUCAAAUGAAUGAGAGCUCUAGAAUGGACACAGUAAUUAUUGAUGAGGUGCCCUCUCUCUGCACUCCCGUCCGCAAGGUUGGACGACCCGGCCGUAAACGCAAGCACCUCCCCGUGGAGUGCUACGGACCAGUGGAUCAGCGGGUGGGCGUGGCUAUGCAGCACAAAGGGGUGGAGCUCCAGCUUUCUUCACAGUCUCAGAAUGGAGAUGUUGAAAGGCACGAGAACAAGUCCCGUGAAAGUUGCCACCCUACGCAGGACAAAAAUGCUGCAGAAAACGGGAUCCCUUUCCAUUCAGGCUGUCGCCCAGAGUCCUCCUCCGAUUCGAGCCUGAGCCCAUCCGCGGAGAACGGAUUUGUCAUCGACCAGGACAGGGCAAACCCUGUAAAGUAUGAAGAGGACACAUUGCCAUCUCUGCCUUGCAAGAAACGAGGGAGACGGAAACUAGAGCGUCCGACUAAAUACGUGGAACACAAGGACGACGAGGGUGGAGACUCGGCCAAGAAUGAGGGGGCUCGAGGGAGGCUCCGUGGGGGAGUGGGCCGGGAAGUCAGCCUCCGUCAAAGACCCAUGCCCAGAGUAACCUUCCAGGCCGGUGACCCUUAUUACAUUAACAAGAGGACCAGAGAGGAAUUGCUGGCGAAGUGGAAGUUGGAGGCAGAGAAAAAGGCGAAACUGGUGUCUAUUAUCAACUCAAUGGAGGACCUUGGCGAGGUAGAGCCAGAGCUCCAGAAAGAAAGCUCCAAGGUUACCGUCCCGCUCCUCUUUUCUCCACCAGCGCCGGCAACGCAGCAGCAACCGCCACAGCCUCAAACCCAACCUCAACCUCAGACCAGCCUCGAAGCCCAACCUCCUCCUCCUCAGCAGCAACCUUCAGCAUUCCAACAGCAGCAGCACCCUACAGAUCCAGCCUCUCCAACCGUUGCUACCACCCCAGAACCCGUGCCUAUAGGAGAUGGAAACAAGACUUCGCCCAAGUCCACUGACACAGAGUCGGAGUAUGAGGAUGGCCGAGGUUUUGGCAUUGGCGAGUUGGUUUGGGGGAAGUUACGUGGAUUCUCCUGGUGGCCCGGACGGAUUGUGUCUUGGUUGAUGACCGGUCGCAGCCGAGCGGCCGAAGGCACCAGAUGGGUCAGUUGGUUUGGGGAUGGCAAGUUUUCAGUGGUCUGUGUUGAGAAACUUUUGCCUUUGAGUUCUUUCCAAAAUGCCUUUCACCAGCCAACCUACAAUAAACAACCUAUGUACAAGAAAGCCAUCUUCGAGGUGUUACAGGUAGCCAGCACUAGAGCGGGCAAAACCAUUCUCGGAUGUCCAGAGAGUGACGACACUGACAGUUCAAAGUCAGUAGACAUGCAAAACAAACAGAUGAUUGAAUGGGCCAUGACAGGAUUUCAACCCACAGGACCUAAAGGCCUCGAGCCACCUGAAGAGGAACGGAACCCAUAUAAAGAAGUGUACCCAGAGAUGUGGGUGGAACCAGAGGCAGCAGCCUACACGCCCCCACCAGCAAAAAAGCCCCGCAAAAGCACAGCCACCGAGAAACCCAAGGUCAAAGACAUCAUUGACGAGAGGACUCGAGAGAGACUUGUAUACGAAGUUCGUCAAAAAUGUAGAAACAUUGAAGACAUCUGCAUCUCCUGUGGCAGCCUUAAUGUUUCCCUGGAGCACCCGCUCUUUAUAGGAGGAAUGUGCCAAAGCUGUAAGAACUGCUUUCUGGAAUGUGCAUAUCAAUAUGAUGACGACGGCUACCAGUCCUAUUGUACCAUCUGUUGUGGAGGCAGAGAAGUGCUCAUGUGUGGAAACAAUAACUGUUGCAGGUGUUUCUGCGUGGAAUGUGUGGAUCUGUGGGUGGGGCCCGGCGCGGCACAGGCAGCUAUAAAAGAGGACCCGUGGAACUGCUACAUGUGCGGGCCAAAGGGUCAGUAUGGCCUGCUGGAGCGUCGGUCCGACUGGCCUAGCAGACUGCAGCGCUUCUUUGCCAACAAUCACGAUCAGGACUUUGAACCACCAAGGCUCUACCCUCCCGUUUUGGCAGAGAAAAGAAAACCCAUUCGUGUCCUGUCACUUUUUGAUGGGAUCGCAACAGGGCUCCUGGUGCUAAAAGAGCUGGGGAUCCAGGUGGAGCGAUACGUAGCCUCAGAAGUGUGUGAGGACUCCAUCACCGUGGGCAUUGUUCGGCACCAGGGACGCAUUAUGUAUGUGGGUGACGUGAGGAACGUCACUCGUAAACACAUCCAAGAGUGGGGUCCCUUUGAUCUUGUAAUAGGCGGAAGCCCGUGCAAUGACCUGUCCAUCGUGAAUCCAGCAAGAAAAGGUCUCUAUGAGGGCACAGGACGGCUCUUUUUUGAGUUUUAUCGGCUGUUACAUGAAGCUCGACCUAAACAGGGAGACAACAGGCCGUUCUUCUGGCUCUUUGAGAACGUGGUGGCCAUGGGUGUCAGCGAUAAGAGGGACAUCUCUCGGUUUUUAGAGUGUAAUCCAGUUAUGAUUGACGCCAAAGAAGUGUCUGCUGCCCACAGAGCUCGAUACUUUUGGGGUAACCUGCCUGGCAUGAACAGACCAUUGAGCGCCAUGUGCUCUGAUAAACUGGACCUUCAAGACUGUUUGGAGCAUGGCAGGACGGCAAAGUUUGAUAAAGUGAGAACCAUUACCACUCGGUCAAAUUCCAUAAAGCAGGGCAAAGACCAGCACUUUCCUGUCUUCAUGAAUGAAAAAGAGGACAUCCUGUGGUGCACUGAGAUGGAGAGGGUGUUUGGCUUCCCUGUCCACUACACAGAUGUGUCAAACAUGAGCCGCCUGGCCAGGCAGAGGCUUCUGGGACGGUCGUGGAGUGUCCCUGUCAUUCGCCACUUGUUUGCACCACUCAAAGAGUACUUCGCCUGCGUCUGA